AUGUCCCUCCAAGGCCACCACCGCCAUAUCACCCUCCGCCACGAGAGACAUCUACUCCGCGGCACAUCAUCUGCUCUGGCCCCAGGGGAAGCAAGAUUCUCCUCUUACUAUCUCCCCUCUCUCCCAGCAGGAGAAUACUCCUUAGUCAUUGACCAGACCAUCACCACCCCAACAAAAGAUGCUCCAAAGAGUGCCGAACCUGCCAAGCGCAAGCUUGAAGUCCUCGCACCUGAAUGGGCCCUCUCAGCGGCGAGUAAUGGAGAUAGCGAGACCACCAACACAAGUGAUGAAGAAGCUGCAGUUGUUCUAUCUGUGUUCCCGGCCAGCGGUCAGGUGGCGCCAUCUUUUCGAACGCUUCCUCAUAUAGUCCUUCGAGAUGCCCAACUUCCGUGGGUGAGAAGUGUCAGUGAGCAGACGGCAGACAAAAACAACUCAAUUCCGUGGUUUGCUCUCAUUGUCUUCUCAGCGGAUGAGUUAGAGCUUGAGGAAAACGACAGAAAAGACUAUUUCUCUGCUGUCAAUGCGAGUAUCAAUGAGACACUUGGUUGGGAUGUGACGGUUGAUCAAAUCGGCGGGAUCACAGCCAAGAAUCUGGUCAACAUAAUCCCAGAUCCUUUACUUCCAGACGUCAAAGCAAAGACCAAGACUAGUCUGAUUUCCGUCAAAGCGGACGUAUUCAAGAAGCUAUUCCCUCCCAAACCAAACAAGACCACGUUUGACGUCGAGCCGUACAGGCUUAUGUCUCACGUUCGAACGGUUCCAACUGAAGGGACGUUAUCAGCUGGGAUUAUAGCCGAUAACGACCAUGAUCCAAAGGUGGCGGGAACACAGACUCUGAGCGUUGUUAUUUCGCAUCGCUUGGGCCCAACCAACGUUCAGGUUCCUACACCUGUCUUGGCUCACCUGGUUUCUCUCCAAGGCAUUGAUGGAACGAAUGUCAGUGUCAUAAACGACAAGAAGCACGUCUUGAUGACAAGUCUAUUCAGUUGGACAUACACCGCUUUACCGCCCGGAGCACCUGACGUUGUCAGUAUGCUCCAGUAUUUGGGCAGUGAAGGCAAGGGUCUGGCGGUCCUGAGAACAGACAUGGAUAAGGAUGAUGCCCCCAAGACGGAUGAUUCCUCCAGUCCUUCAGCAGAGGAAAUGGUCAAUAAAAGGCAGAAGGACGGAUACAAUCUCGUCCGCCACCGCGUCAUUACUGGGGAACAAACGGCCGCCAUGUAUAGAGGUCCCUUAACUCCCACACGUGUGCCCUACCCACUACACGAUAAGGUGUCUUUCCAGUCCAACUUUGGAACCGAUCUUCAAAUCCUCGAUCCGAAUAUCGGCCUGAUGGAUAUCUCUUAUGCAUCGGCCUGGCAGCUUGGAAAGACACUUGCCAUGGCUGAUCCAGCCUUUACAGCCGCUCUCUCCCGGCUUCGCAUGCUGGUGCACAGAGAAGCGCUGGAACUGGAGAGGCAGAAGAAGGUUAAGGCGCUCAGAGCUCCCGUUAUUGCAACGGAGGAAGGCGUCUCACCUGCAAGGGCAAGACUGUCUGUGUUUUCAGACCAGAACCCUCAUAUUAGUUACAUGCCAAAGAAGGAGAUCAAGUCAGACAUGGCGGAGAUUGUCAAGGCGUUGAAUGGUAUCAAUGAUACCGUGCAUGAUGUAGGAACAGCCUUCUCAACGAACCGCUGGAGACGACGCAGUCCACUGUCACCAUCCCUUGACCGGGGAAAGUCAAUGACAGACCUGACUGGAGCAGGACAUGGACAGGAAGACGACUUGAUGAAUCUUCUGUCUGAACAUAUUUACCCUCAAAUGGCAGAGAACGCGCUCUUUCAUAUGCUGGACAACGCCAAAGCAUCAGAUGAUAAAGGGCUUUACCACUACCAUACCAUUCCGAGCAACACUGACUACGCCGUCAUCCAGGAGUGGGUGUUGAACAAACUACACCUAGCUGGUAUUCCUGUACAUUACUAUCUCCCCGACCCUACCUAUGUGCCUGAAGAAACCCUACGGUUCUUCCACAUUGACUUUAACUGGAUGGACGCUCUCAUUGAUGGCGCUCUCAGUCUUGCAAAUCACCUGGCUUCCAGUCCGGAAGAGGACUACUGCAGAAGUGCAUUGAAGGCGUCUCUUACGAAGUACUUCAAGACCCCCACCGUAGACGACUACUGUCAGCAAAAUCCUGCAUACGGGUUUAUACUACGCUCGAAGCUGUUGGUGCAAUUCCCAGAUCUGGCUGUCAAAGCGGAGUUUAGCAAAGAAGGCGUACACUCCAACGAGGAUUGGGACAAAGUAAAACCCAAGACCCCUAUCCUGGUACAACGACGACUUGGUCCUGAUAUGAUGCUGGUGCUGAUGGACCGAGAGCCACCCAACCUGAGUGGGAUUACCUUUACACUUCCUGCCCAUCAGCAGACCUUCAUCGCCGCUUUUGGCCUCAACGAGAAGGAAGUGAAGCUGCAGUGCAAACGCAUCUAUGCUACAGGCGCCGAUGCACCGCUUCCCGAGCCAGAUCCUGAGAAGCGCAAGGUUCUGCUAGACUCGCCCGAGGAUCCCAUCCCCACGAACAAGCUGUUUGACUGGGACGCUCGCACGUUGAGGAUUGAAGAUUACGCGAGAUACAUCCAUGACAACUUGCAAAAGCAGAUGCCAAAUGACUACAAGUCCCCAGGCCCUACAUCGGCAGUGUUUUCGCUGCAGUUGAAUGAGCCAAUCUAUACACUCAGUGUGACGGCUGAAAAGCCUAAGCUGCCACAGCAGGCGACUCGCGAGGAGUUGGACUCGUGGAUGAUUUUACAUGAGCCAAGGACAUUUCAAUUCCAUCCGCCUCCAUUUCCAACAGCAAAGUUCCAGACCAAAAGGUCGUUGACAAAUACUGCUUCAUUUUCAAAGCUGCCGAGUUUCCCAGCGACUCGCCUGAGAAUUGUCGAACCGGCUUCGUUCAAGUUUGAGACCUUCAUCAUCUCUGCUUUCAACGAUAUCGAGACUGCUUUUAAUAUACCCAGCGAAGCAUCAGACUUCGAAGCAGAUGGCAGCGCUGAGAUUCCUCCGAGUCUUCAAGACCCAAUCCAUCCAGUAGCCCAGCCCGAAUACACGCUUGGGCUCUUCCCCAUCGGUCGUAAAGCCGACGGUUUCAUCCCCUGCAACAACGAUCGCCCCAUCGAUCUAGUCUUCAGCAUCCUUCGUGACGAGAAGACCACCCCCAGCGUGUGGCCCAUGCGUAUCAAGCGCUGGGAUCUAGAAAUCAAGAUCGGCGACCCAGAUAUCAAGUCCCCCAUCCCGCCCGACAACUACGUCACGCCUCGCGCCUUGCUUCGAAACGACAGACCAGAUGGUCCAGCGCCAAUCAUGCUGUCGAAUCUGCGCUAUAAUGUGCUUAUUCAGAAAUGGGAUUUGAAGGCGAAUUUGCUGUACAUGUCGAUUGUUCCGAGGUCGCAAUGGGGUGUUCAUCUCAAGGAUACUCCUGAUGCUAGUUUUCUACUACCUAUGGCUCAUGUUUAUCCCUGGGAUGUGCCGAAGGGUAAGGAGUAUACUGUUAAGAUUACGUUAAAGAGUAUUAUGAUCAACCAGAAUGAUCCAAGUCAGACAGAGGUGCAGUAUGACCACACAAAGCUAUUCAAACUCCGAGCUCCAUAG